AUGGGUGCACUGAUUAGAGAAGUUGAAAUCCUUAAAGCGCUUGAUCACCCAAAUAUUAUCAGAUUUUAUGGGGCAUAUGAAGAUGACAUAAACUUGUACAUAGUCAUGGAACUUUGCUCUGGAAAAGAGCUUUUCCACAAAAUAGUUAACACUGAUCAAAUAGAUGAGCAUAAUGCCCAAGCAAUUAUGAGGAAAAUUCUAAUGGCAGUCAACCAUCUCCAUGCAAAUGGGAUAGUCCAUCGAGAUUUGAAACCGGAGAAUAUUUUAUUCGAAUCAAAUGAAGAAAAUGCAGAAUUAAAAAUUGUUGACUUUGGCCUUUCCCGUAAGUUUCAAAGAAAGUCCAAGCAUUUCCAUGGAGCGGUAGGUACUCCAUAUUACAUGGCUCCUGAAAUUAUAAAAGGAUCAUACAAUUUCAAAUGUGACCUAUGAAGUAUCGGCGUAAUUUUGUACAGUAUGAUAUGCCGAAGAUUGCCUUUUUGCGAAAGAUUUGACUGUGAUACAUUUAAAAAAAUUAAAUCAGGGGAUUUUAGCACAGAUAACGAUUUAUGGAGGCAAGCCUCAAGUGAUGCAAAAAAUUUAAUCAGAAAGCUAUUAGAAGUGAAUCCGUCAAAAAGACUGUCAGCAGCUCAAGCAUUAGAACAUCCUUGGUUCAAAGCGAUGCCACAACCAAAAGUUUCUAUUGACAAAUCAUUAUUGAGUUCUCUGCAGGACUAUUGUAAAUCAUCUUUAUUUCAAAAACAGGCUCUAAAUAUUUUGGUCAAGCAUUUAAGCUUUUCUGAUUUGAAAGAGCUUAAACAAAUAUUUAUAGGCUUAGACCGUUCUUGAUCAGAAGGGAAAAUGCCUCUAUUGAGAAGCUGAGGAUUUCAGCCCUGGAUCAUGAUGCCUUGAGUAGCCUGCCCCGCUAGCGUUCGCUGCGGAAUCCACUGUACUUCAGGAAGCGGGAACUUUAAUUACCAUCAUAAUCUAAUAGGCUUAGACCAAGAUUUAAACGGGAAAAUUUUUAGAAAAUCUUUAACUCAUGCAUUGGAGAAUUCAGGAUUCAAAUUAGCCCAUGAUGAAAUUAAAAAUCUCAUGAAGUCAAUUGAUAUAGACAAGAAUGGAGUCAUAAAUUACUCAGAAUUUUUGGCUGCUGCAUUGCUUUCAAGACACAAUCUAGAACAAGAAGAAUUGGGAUAUAUUUAUAACCAAUUCGAUACCAAUAAAAAAGGAUUUAUUACGGGCAAAGACAUUGAGGAAACGUUUAAUAGAUGUGGGCGUGAUAUGAAUAGACAUUCUGUUAAACUAAUAAUGACAGAAAUCGGAAAAUCUGAAGAAGAAACAAUAACUUAUGCAGAGUUUACAAAUAUAUUUGUAUAA